GGCGGGGACUGGGCGGCCUCAUUCAUAGGGCCCUCGGUAGGAGCAGACACCUGAGGACGCAGAGCUUGCUGUCCCCUCACGAUGUGGCUCGUCGCUCUGGUCCUGACUUCCCUCGCCAUUUCCACGGCUUGGGGGCUGCCACCCUCACCACCUAUUGUGGAGACUUCUCAGGGCAGAGUCCUGGGAAAAUAUGUCAACUUGAAAGGAUUUGCACAGCCUGUGGCCGUCUUCCUGGGAAUUCCUUUUGCCAAGCCUCCUCUUGGAUCCUUGAGGUUUGCUCCGCCGCAGCCUGCAGAGCCAUGGACCUUCGUGAAGAAUACCACCUCUUACCCUCCCAGGUGCUCCCAAAGCACAGUGUUGGCGGAAAUGUCCUCUGAACUCAUUAGCAACGGAACCGAGAGCAUUAAGCCUAAAUUUUCUGAAGACUGUCUUUACCUAAAUAUUUACACCCCUGCUGACUUGACAAAGAGAAGCAGGCUGCCGGUGAUGGUGUGGAUUCAUGGAGGAGCUCUGCUGAUGGGAGGAGCACCAAUCUAUGAUGGGCUGGCCCUCUCUGCCCAUGAAAACGUGGUGGUGGUGACCAUUCAGUACCGCCUGGGCAUCUGGGGAUUCUUCAGCACAGGGGACGAGCACAGCCGCGGGAACUGGGGCCACUUGGACCAGGUGGCCGCACUGCGCUGGGUCCAGGAGAACAUUGCCACCUUUGGAGGGGAUCCAGGCUCUGUGACCAUCUCUGGAGUGUCAGCAGGAGGGGAAAGUGUCUCCGUUCUUGUUUUAUCUCCCCUGGCCAAGAAUCUCUUCCACCGGGCCAUCUCAGAGAGUGGCGUUGCCCUCCUUCCUGGCCUGGUCAAGAAGGACUCUAAGGCUGAAGCUAAGCGAAUUGCUGCCUUUGCUGGGUGCAAAACCACCACCUCGGCCGUCCUUGUUCACUGCCUGCGCCAGAAGACAGAGGACGAGCUCUUGGAGAUAACGCAAAAGAUGAACUUUUUCACUCUUGAUUUCUUGGGAGACCCAACAAAGCAGGUGGAGAGGGAGAUGCGGUGUGACCUGGAAGGGGAAGCACAGACCCUACUCUGCCCUCUUCUCCAGACCUAUCCUUUCCUGCCCACCGUGGUGGACGGAGUGGUGCUGCCAAAGAUGCCCAUAGAGAUGCUGGCUGAAAAGAACUUCAACACCGUUCCCUACAUCGUCGGAAUCAACAAGCAAGAGUUUGGCUGGAUUCUGCCAUUGCUCAUGGGCUUCCCACUCUCUGCAGGCAAGAUGGACCAGGAGAUGGCCACGUCACUGGUGUGGAAGUCCUAUCCCAUCCUUAACAUCCCUGAGGAACUGGCUCCAGUGGCCACUGACAAGUAUUUAGGAGGGACACAUGACCCUGUCCAAAAGAAAGACCUGCUCCUGGACUUGAUGGCAGAUGGGUUGCUUUGUGUCCCAUCUGUGAACACGGCCCGUUACCACAGAGAUGCUGGAGUCCCGACCUACAUGUACGAGUUUCAGUAUCGCCCAAGCUUCUCAUCAGAGCUGAAACCCAAGACGGUGAUAGGCGACCAUGGGGAUGAAGUCUUCUCUGUCCUUGGUGCUCCAAUUUUGAAAGAUGGUGCCUCAGAAGAAGAGAUCAAUCUCAGCAAGAUGGUGAUGAAAUUCUGGGCCAACUUUGCUCGGAAUGGGAACCCCAAUGGGGAGGGGCUUCCCCACUGGCCAGCAUAUGACCAGAAAGAAGGGUACCUUCAGAUUGGUGUCAACACUCGGGCAGCCGAGAAGCUGAAAAGUGAGAAAGUGGCUUUCUGGAAUGAGCUUCUGUCCCAGGACGCAGCAAAGAAGGCCCCACAGUCAAAACACGUUGAGCUGUAAACAGGGGGUUUCUAUAGAAGUGUUUAUGUGCCAAAGAGGCGUCUUAUUGUGAAGUCUGAGGAAUUAUCCGAUGGGAGUGGCAGAGGUCAGGGAGGGGGAGUUUCUGUUUCUGUGGCCUCAAUUUGGAAAUAAAUGUUCUUUUGGAGACCAA